AUGAAGACCGCGCUGCUGGUAGUAGACAUGCAAAACUUCUUCGGCCCCAUGGUCGUCGAUUCGCUCCCCAACGUCGUCACACUCAUCAAGCACUUCCGCUCCCUCGACCUCCCCGUCAUCUUCACCCAGCACGGCCACAAGAAGGAGGAGCUGGUCGCCGACUCCAAGAGCCAGCUCGUCCGCAAGUGGGGCAUCGACAACUCGGUCCACUACGGCAGCAAGGCCUGGGAGCUGCUGCCCGAGAUCGACGCCCUCUUCAAGCAGGGCCGCUUCCCCGUCAUCCCCAAGAACACGUACGAUGCCUUCCUGGGCACCGACCUCGAGAAGAUCCUGAAGGAGGAAGGCGUGGAGCGUGUGGUCGUGUGCGGCGUCAUGACCGACUGCUGCUGCGACACGACGGGCAGGGGUAGCUUCAACCGGGGCUGGGAGACGUGGAUGGUCGCCGACGCGUGCGGCACCGCCAACGAGACGCAGCACAAGCGGGGGCUGGCCGUCUUUGAGUAUGCGUACGGCGAGGUCAUCUCGACCGAGGAGACGAUGGCGAGGGUCAAGGCGGCAGAGUGCAGGCUGUGA